CAGGCGCUGCUGCCUUCUGUCUGCUGCGGUCUAGCCGGUGAAUUUGGUGGCUUUUUGGAUCUUACACCGGUGCCUUGAACGCAUCACAGGGAGGAGUGACAUUAAUAACAAACAUAAGAGAGAAAAGAGAGAGAGAGAAAGAGAGCACGUAAACGCAUCACACUGAAGGAUGUCUGGGACUGCCAACACUAGUGCGAGCCCGCAGUCUGCGAAAAUGAAAAAGGACGAAUCUUUCCUCGGGAAAUUAGGAGGAACCCUGGCACGGAGGAAAAAGUCUAAAGAAGUGAGUGAUCUCCAUGAGGAAGGAAAGAAUGCCAUCAACGCUCCCAUGCUUCCCACAGGGACAGACAUCCAUCCUGAGGACACACUUAUGGAGGAAAACGCUGAGAGGAUCAUGUUGGACCCAACAUCGCGGGAAAAUCUUAAAUUUAAAGAUCUGCUCAAGGUCCUGAUUGACUGGAUCAACAGUGAGUUGGAGGAAGACAGGAUCAUAGUCAAAGACCUGGAGGAGGACUGUUAUGAUGGACAGGUGCUCCAGAAGUUAUUUGAAAAGCUGUCAGGUCGGAAGCUGAACGUGGCAGAGGUGACCCAGUCAGAGAUCGGACAAAAGCAGAAGCUUCAGACUGUUUUGGAGGCCGUCAACGAACUGCUGCGGCCUCACGGCUGGACUAUUGAGUGGAGUGUGGACUCUAUCCAUUCAAAGAACCUGGUGUCUAUUGUCUAUCUGCUGGUGUCUCUCGCGAUGCACUUCCAGGCGCCCAUCAGGCUGCCGGAGCACGUCUCUGUGAAGGUGGUGGUCGUCAAGAAACGAGAGGGAAUCCUGCAGACUGCUCUUGUGACCAAGGAGCUGACGAGCACCACAGAAAUGAUGAUGGGACGGUUUGAGAGGGAUGCAUUUGACACACUGUUGGAUCACGCACCGGACAAGCUCAACGUGGUGAAAACGUCUCUCAUCACCUUCGUGAACAAACACCUGAACAAGCUGAACCUGGAAGUUAAUGAGUUGGAAUCUCAGUUCGCUGAUGGCGUGUACCUGAUAUUGCUGAUGGGGCUGCUAGAGGACUACUUUGUCCCUCUGUACAACUUCUUCCUCACUCCUGAGAACUUCGAACAGAAGGUCCACAAUGUGGCGUUCGCCUUUGAGCUGAUGCAGGAUGGAGGCCUGAAGAAACCCAAAGCCAGACCAGAAGAUGUUGUCAACCUGAACCUAAAAUCCACCCUCAGAGUCCUCUACAACCUGUUCACCAACUACAAAAACUCUGAGUGAACUUUUCCAGUUUCACCCCCAUGAUAUUACUUUUGUAUGCUACCCUGUGCCUGCGCUGAUAUUAUGCGUUACAGUCUGGACACUGGAGGAGACCAACUGGGACUGAAAGUCAUCAUUAUGUGGGACUUAUAAAGACCCAUAGGGAGUAGCUGGAAAAGGCCCUGAAUGUUAGUAUUUAAUCUUCUCCAAAUGUCAGUAUUUAUUUAUUCCUUCCUUGAAUGUUAAAUUCAACCCAGGAAAUCCUGCGACCUUUAGCCUGCAUUUGAAUACUCAGCUGUCACAGGAAUAAUGAAUGAGGGCAGGAUGUCAAAUCUGGAAAACAUUUCUGUGUUAACUCCAGAAUAUUUAAGGAAGUUGAAAAUGAUGUUAUAUAUUAUAUUGUAUCAAAAAAAAAAUAUAUUGUAUAAAUAUUAAAAGAAUAGUUAUGGGAAAGACACAUAUUAGCUUUCUUGCCAAUAGUUUGAUGAGAAGAUUGAUGCCAAGCUCAUGUUUGUAUGCUAAAUAUUAAUCUAUUAUUGGUUUAGCUUAGCAGAAAGACAGGAAACGGGAAAACUAAUUGUCUGGUCCUGAUCAAAGACAACACAACAAACCAGGUAGAAAGGUUGUGGUACCUUUAUUUUAUAAGGACAUUAGAUCCAUUAAAACCUAUAGAUCAUUUCCACGGAAAUGCAUUGCUAGGCAACAGCCUGGGUCCAUGUUUGUUUCCAUUCAGUCAUCUGAUGCCAUUCACAUACACUGGAAUAAGGAAUGUGGUUUGUAGCACUGCAAAAGGAAAUAAACUGGGACCCAUUUAGAAUGCAUAUGUUUGACUGAAACAGUCUAUAUACAUUUAAAUAUGCAAAUGUAUUUAAUGUCUCAGCUGAGAUAGGCUCCAGCACCCCUGCGACCCUUAACUGGAUAAGCAGGUUACGGAAAAUGGAUGGAUGGAAUGGAUGUAUUUAAUGUAGCUCAUUAAACAACAUCUAAUUGCAUGAAGUCCACUAGAGUCAAAAGCUUAGAUGGACGUUACUGCUACUCUGCUAAACUGAUACCGUUAGCAAGAGUUCAGCUUGCUCCAUCAUGACUGGAAUGAGCUCAUUUUAUUAUGGAAGGAAAAAGGUUUUAGUUUAAGCUAAGGCUAGCUGUAACUUUCUCGCCAGCUAUCUUUAAGAUGGUCUUCAUUUAUUAAUUUACUUCUAGCUUUGAGAUGAUAUAGCUCUUUGUUUUUAGCUAACUACUUGGCAGUCAGUUUCGUUUUAGCUCUGCUUUGGAGAAACAGUUGUUAAAAAACUAAAACUGAUCUUAACUCAUGACCAGUUCAAUAUAUUUAUAAUUAAUACAUUCAUUUUGCCUUUUUUUUUUACCCUGCUUCCAUCUUAAUGCUAAGCUAACUCUUGACAAGCCAGCAAAUGAGCAUUUUUCCCUAAACUAUUCCUUUAAGAAACUUGAAAAUGCCAUGUAUUCUAUAUUAUCUGAAAAGGCUUUGUAUAUUCUUACUGCGUACUUGACAGCUGCAGGAACUGUGAAUGGUCCUUGUCUACUCUGAACUAUGCACACCACAUCUCAAGCCAUAUUUUAAAGCCAAUGCUGUUGCCUUAUGUGCAUCGGGCUCUCUCUCCGUCCCUGGAGAGCCCCAGUAAGACUAUCUUCGUAUUCACCGGCCUUACAGACGAGUCUCCGGGGAGGUCUGGACCUCACACUGCCCUGCUGAAGCUGAGCAUUGACCCGCCGUGCAACCUGGAGACCUGCUAAGAUACAGUACACGACUUGGCCUGAAUUAUUAAGAGAGUGGAUGAGUCAAUCUAAAUCUUGCUUGCGCUGGAUGUCUCACCCCUGUGUGUGUUUUUUAUUUUUAUCUUGCUUAUCAAGAAAUAAACGCCUAAAAUCAAA